UAACUCAUCUAUAUCUACUAAGUACUUUUGACGUCAUAUGGUUGUCGGAAUGACUUGAAUGUGGGAAAUACAAUCCACUCCCUUUGCAUCGACAUUGUGGAAGCUCUGCAUGCAAAAUAUUUAGCUGAAUUUGUUUAUAUGAAUCGGCGAUAAGUUUUAUGUUCGAAUAUGUUGCACAGGUAAUGUAGCAGGUGGAAUAAAAUCAUGAGCCAAAGGAUUAAUUUCGUGUUAUUUAUUUUGUUGUGUUCUUUGUUUACCGUCUUCAGCAAUUCUGUGUUUUCGCGCAAUUAUUAUGGCAUAAAAGAAGCGUUUGAAGAAGAAAUUCCACAAGGGGCAUCGACGCUAGCCUUUGUGUUUGAUAUUACAGGAUCUAUGUACGAUGACUUAGUGCAAGUGAUUGAAGGUGCCGCUAGGAUUUUAAGUACUAUUUUGGCAAGGAGAGAAAAGGCCAUUCAUAACUAUGUUCUUGUUCCAUUUCACGAUCCAGAUAUUGGCCCUGUAACUGUAACCACUGAUCCAGAUCUAUUCCAGAGACACUUAAAAGAGCUCUAUGUUCAAGGUGGAGGUGACUGUCCAGAAAUGAGUAUAGGUGCCAUCAAACUAGCAUUAGAAGUUUGUCUACCUAAUUCUCACAUUUAUGUGUUCACUGAUGCUCGGGCAAAAGAUUACUAUUUAUUAAAUGAUGUCUUAAAGUUGAUUCAAAGAAAACAGAGUCAGGUUGUAUUUGUUAUGACUGGCGACUGCGGAAACCAUUCCCAUCCUGGAUAUCAAGCUUAUGAACGUAUUGCAUCAACUAGUUCUGGCCAAGUUUUUCAUUUAAUGAAAUCAGAUGUCGAUGAGGUUUUAAAUUUUGUGCGUGUUUCAUUGCAAGCUAGAAAAGUAAAUUUGUUUGCAAUUGAUAGACCCGCUGGAGAUUUAAAGGAGUUUGAAUUUGAUGUGGAUGGAAGCCUUAGAGAAUUUACAAUAUCCGUUUCAGGUGAAAAACCUGUAAUAACACUUAUAAGCUCUAGAGGAGAGGUCAUUGACCAAACAAAAGGAUUAUUAGAAUUAUUGAGUCAUAAAAAUAUCAGCAUAGUCAAUAUCAAAGAUCCUGAUCCCGGUCGCUGGAAACUUAGAGUAAACAGUGAAGGAGCCCAUACUAUUAGAGCUACAGGACUUAGCAAAAUUGAUUUUGUCCAUGGAUUUUCAAGGCAACCUACUUCAAAUAUUAAAGAAACUUAUCAUCGUCCUUUAAGAGGGGCUCCUACAUAUUUAUUAGUUAAUGCAACUGAUUUACCUAAUCCAGCUACAUUUGAAAAUGUAAAAAUAGUUGAUCUGGAAGGCAAUAAUCUGCAAAACAUUCCUCUUAAAAGAUUCCCUGGCACCAAUAUGUUCAAUGCUUCCACAUUUUAUCCACCUAAUGAAUAUUUUUACCUCAAGGUUGCUGGCUCUGAUGAGCAUGGCUUUCCAAUUGAAAGAAUGACUUCGACUGCUAUCAGUUCCCAAUUACCAGAUGCUCCAGAAGUAAGUACAAGACCUCGCAUGAAUGGAUAUUAUGAAGAAGACACAGAUUUACAUUGCUAUAUCCAAUCUUUGGUACCUUUUUCUGUUACAUGGUACAAAGAAGGUAUCCCAGUCAGUCAAGAACAGCAUUUUCUACAAACAACUGAAGCAAUUCUCACUGUACCGGAAGUUACUCUACUUUCAGAAGGUUAUUAUUCGUGCAAUGCAACAAAUAUAGCUGGAAGAGGUUCAAGUGUUAUAUUUCUAGAUGUGAAAGAACCUCCACCUUCAAUAACAAAAGCCGGUAACGUGAGCGGAGUUCUUGGAAGCGUAGUCAUCUUACCUUGUGAAAUUGAAAGUGUUGUUGACUACCGUGUCACCUGGAAUAAACUCCUACCUGAUGCAGACAAUGAAGGUUUUGUAAAAGCUUCUCAACUUCCUGAUGAUCCCCGUUUCAUUAUUCACGCCAAUGAUUCUCUAGUUAUAAGGCAUCUGAAUCCUAAAGAUGGUGGAUGGUACAGAUGUACAGCAUCAAAUGAAGGCGGUGUUGUGCAGGAAAACAUUUACCUUCAUACUUACUAUCCACCUGUUGUAUCUGUUAUGCCAGCUACAAAAAAUUUCAAACAUGGAGAUGUUAUCAAUAUAACAUGUGAUGCUAAAGGAUUCCCUCUUCCUACUAUAAGAUGGAUCUGGAGUCCCAUACAUAAUCAAAAUUUUAUAUCUGGUCGAAGUGAAAUUUCAGGAAAUAAUUUAUUGAUUCACUCUGCAGAUGCAAAAGAUGAAGGGAGAUAUGACUGCAUUGGGACAAAUCCGGCUGGAAAUAAAGUUGCGAGCGUGAAUUUGAACUAUAUAGAGGCUCCAUCAAUUAGCAUACGUGAUAAGGAACUCAUAGUCAGAAAUGGAGACCAAGCAAAUCUAAGAUGCAUUGCUGAAGGUUUGCCUGAUCCUAAAGUAAGAUGGUUCAGAGGGGCUACAGAAAUUCAACCUCUCUCAUACAUACAGAUAUCUCCUGAUGGAACUUUGCUGAUUUAUGAUGUUCAAGAAACAGAUGCUGGACAAUAUACUUGUCUUGCUGAAAAUGAAGCUGGAAGCGCAAAUGAAACAAUGUACUUAAAUGUUGGAUCAAAGCCUUCCUUGAUCAAACUACCCAGCAUAACCUCUGUGGAAGUUCUAAAAAGUUUUACCAUCCCUUGUAUUGCAACUGGUGCUCCUUUACCAAUUAUAAAGUGGUUUUUUACUAAUGGAAGUGAAAUUAAGUCACAUUCUAAAAUAUCUGUUACAUCAGAGGGUAAUCUUGUUAUUGUAGAUGCUGAUCCAUCUAUUGCUGAUAAUUUCAUAUGUAGAGCUGAGAAUAAAUUUGGAAUUGAAGAGCAAAUGGUUAGUGUCAAGUUGACUGGAAUAAAAGCACCCAUAUUGUCUCCUCUUCCUGAACUUAUAGAAAUUCCAAAGGGAGAAAAGCGUUCUAUAUCCUGUAUUGUACUCGAUGGCCAUCCAAAACCAAAUAUGGAGUGGUUUAAAAAUGGAGAACCCAUUAAGCCUGGUUUUGGAAUUGAAAUAAAUUAUACUAAAUUAGAAUUUUUAUAUGCAGAUGAAAUACAUGAAGCUAAUUAUACAUGUUUAUCUUCAAACAUUGGUGGUAAUGCUUCAGAAACCACCUAUGUUAACGUUUUAUAUCAUCCUGUAAUAUCAUCAACUAACCAAGAAUUUGAAGCUGUUGAAGGCUCAACAAUUACCUUACCAUGCAAAGUUAAAGGUGACCCACAGCCAGCUGUCAUUUGGUUCAAAAAUAAGAUACAGCUCAUUUCUGAUCAUGAGUAUUUUAUAGAUGAAAAUCAGAGCUUAAAAAUAUUGAAUGUUGAUGAAAGAAAUGAAGGAGAAUAUGUUUGUUCUGCUACUAAUAUUGUUGGUACAUCUGAUGAAGUUUUUAAAGUGUCAGUCAAAGUUCCUCCAAAAAUACUACAACCUAGUGCUGUGUAUAAUGCCACUGAUGGAGACAUGGUUUUAUUACCCUGCAGUUCUCAUGCUAAACCUCCUGCACAUAUUAAAUGGACUCGAAUCAGCCAGAAACAUCGGGAUGAUUUGGACAAAUAUAUGAUGUACAAUGGAAGCUUACUUUUAAAAGCAUCAUCCUCAGAUUCUGAUGUCUACACGUGUAAAGCUAUGAAUGAAGUUGGUGAAGCAAAAAUUGAACUAACAUUAAAUGUUAAUGUUCCACCUUUUGCCAAAAUACUACCUUCUCUUAUUAUUGGUAUUAUACGCCAGAAUAUUUCAAUUUUCUGUGAAACUUCUGGUCAUCCUGAACCUAGUGUGGUUUGGAAGAAAAGUGGUGCAUAUAUACAAUCGAAUUCAGCUGUAGUUCAACACGCAAACCUCUCUAUUAUUAAUGCAGAUAUUUCUGAUGAAGGGGAAUACCAGUGCAUCGCUGAAAACAUUGUGGGAUCACAUGUAGCCAGAACGGUUGUGACUAUUCAUGAUCCUCCUAAAAUUGAUGAAUCAACUUCAUCUCCUUCUUUUAUAACCGCUGUUGUUAGUGACAAACUGGACAUUAAAUGUUAUGCUUCUGGUCAUCCUAUUCCACAAAUACUUUGGAGUGAAUCUAAAAAUACUCGAGUUCAUCAUAUUCAAAACAACAUCCUUCACAUUCCUUUUGUUCAAGAAUCAGAUGCUGGAAUCUAUACUUGCACUGCUCAAAAUAUUGCUGGAUUUGAUGUUAAAAUUUUUAAUCUAACUGUUUAUGCUCCUCCAGCUUUGAUUGCAAGUUCAGCUAAAGAUUCUAAUCUUGAAAUUAUAUCUGGUUUGCCUGUGACUUUGGACUGUUCCUCUUCGGCACUGCCCUUUCCUGACAUCACCUGGCUUAAAAAUAGCGUGUUCUUACCACCUGUUGGACAUAAUUUUGUCAUUAAAGACAAGAAUCAGAAACUUGAAUUUGUAAAUGUCACCAUAUCUGAUAAUGGAGAAUAUACUUGUGUCGCCAAGAACAUUGCUGGAGAGACCUCUAACACGUUCAGAUUAAGUGUCUCAGCUCCACCAAGCUUCAAAAAUCCCUCUGACCAAGAUUUAACUGUUGUGAAAAAUAACUCUGUUCUCCUAGAUUGUUCAGCCAAGGGCUUUCCUGAACCAAUGUAUGCUUGGCGAAAAAAUGAGCAGCUUCUAUCUGUAUUCAAGCCUGGCUUAAAAUUGAAUGAUGAUAAAAGUGUUUUGCAAAUAAGUGAUGCCCAGGAAUUUGAUGCUGGAUCUUAUUCAUGUAUUGCAAUAAAUAAAGUUGGAUCAAGUGCCCGACAUUUUGAAGUGAGUGUUUUAGUUCCUCCUGAAAUACAAGGUGCAAAGUUUGAAGAGAUAGAAGAGAUAUUGAAUCAAAGUGUGGAUAUGAACUGCAUUGUAAAUGGCAAUCCUCUUCCUUCUAUAAUUUGGCUCAGAAACGGCCAUGAAUUACCAAUAAACAAUUGUGUGAAUGAACUUGAAACUGAUAAUCAAAAAUUGACUAUUUCAAGACUCUCCGAGACUGAUCAUGGUAUUUACACUUGUCGAGCAUCUAACAAUAUUGGAAAUGCCACAAAAACAUUUAAGUUAAACGUACUAGUCCCUCCACAAAUUAAUGAACAGAGCUUAACUGAAACUAUUCGUACUAAAGAAGGCGAUAUUCUUCAGUUAAAAUGUGAUGCAUAUGGAACACCAGUACCUAAAAUAACGUGGGAAAAGAAUGGCAUUCCUCUUCCACCACGGUUGUUUCAUUCCAAUGACAGCAUCUUAAGAAUUGUCAAUAUUGGUAAAAGAGAUUCUGGAAGAUAUAUAUGCAUUGCUACAAAUAAAGCUGGAAGUUACGAAAAGGAUUUCAGUGUUGUUGUACUAUCUCCUCCAAAGUUGGAUAAUGGUCGAUCAUUUGGAAGGUCCAUCCCCAGACAUGGAAGAAGUGAGACUUUUGAGAAUCUUCCAGUUGUUCUAAUGUGUCCUUUUUCAAGUCAGCCUCAACCGCAAUUUAUUUGGAAAAAAGAAGAUGAAGUAUUAAAUGAAGCUGUCAGCCCACAAUACACCAUUUCUGAGGGUGGAAAACGUUUAACUAUCAAACAUGCAAAAGCUGAAGAUACUGGAAAAUAUACUUGCAUUGCUAAGAAUGAAGCGGGGGAGUCAACACAAGAUUUUUCUAUUAACGUUCUCUCUCCACCAAAAAUUAGUGCAGACUCUGUAUAUCCGAUAGAAGUACCUGAGAAUGAUAGUCUUCUUCUAAAUUGUAGUGCUUUUGGCAACCCUCCACCUUCUGUUGUUUGGCUGAAAGAAGGUCUUGAGCUUGAAUCAGGAAAUGGCAUUAUUAUCUCUGAUGAUGGAAUGAACCUAGAAGUUCCAAAUGUUGAAGUACAGCAUUCUGGUGUAUAUGUCUGCAUUGCUACUAAUUUAGCUGGUUCUGAUGAAAAAGAAUUCAACGUAGAUGUUUUAUAUUCUCCUCGUCAAAGCCCUGAGGUUGAAGAAUUGAGAGCUCGUCCAAUAGCUUAUGUCAAUAAGCCUUUCACCAUUGAUUGUCCGUUGACAGGAAAUCCUCCACCGCAAAUAAAAUGGCUAAAAAAUGGCAAAGAGAUCAUUCUAAAUGAUGAACGAAAUGUCUAUAUUCAUGAUGAUGGGCAGAAACUUUCUCUUUUAAGAGCCAGAAGUGAAGAUACUGCAGUUUAUACUUGUGUAGCUGAAAAUGAAGUUGGUAGUCAGCUGAAACGGUUUUCUCUUGAUGUAUUAGCACCACCCUUGAUUGAUAAGAAAAACAUGAAAACAAUUCAUUCUGCAAAAGAAUAUGAUUCAGUAGUGUUGGAAUGUCUUGUCACUGGAUCUCCAUCACCAGAAAUAGUUUGGCUAAAAGAUUCUGAUGUUAUUCCCCUUCAGUCGUCACAGCAUGUAAACUUUUCUGACAAUUUUCAAAAAUUACAAGUUAAUAAUUUGACAUUAAACGAUGCAGGAAAAUAUACCUGUCUUGCUGGAAAUGAGGUUGGAAUCGACGAUUUAGAUUUUAAGCUUGAUGUUCGAGUUCCUCCAAAACUAGAAAAUUUCGAAAACACUCCUGAAAAUAUGUCGGCCGUUUUCAAUAAGCCACUGACAUUCAACUGUCCUGCAUCAGGAAUACCCCCUCCAAUAGUAAAAUGGUUUAAAGAUGGGAAACCCUUAGAUGUAAGUUCUGAUGCUAAUAUUGUACUCUCUCCUGAUUCAAAGCAGUUAAAAAUAUUUCGAACGAGAGAAAGUGAUGCUGCGACCUACACAUGUGAAGCUGUGAAUAAUGCUGGAAAGAUUGAAAAAGACUUUAUCUUAGAUGUGCAAGUACCUCCAAAAAUGAUUGAGACAAAGAGUGUUGUUGAUUAUUAUUCAGAAGAUGAUGAUGGAAUUCAAAAUGAGCUGAAAGCAGUUGAAAAUUCCACCUCCAAAUUAGAAUGCUAUGUUGAUGGGAACCCUAAACCUUUAAUUAUCUGGAUAAAAGAUGGCCAUUUGUUGAAUCUUGAAAGUGAAAGUAAACAUUAUAAACUAUUUUAUGAGGGCCAGGUGCUGCAAAUUCAGGAUGUGAAACAGUCAGAUGCUGGUCGCUAUACCUGUAUUGCUUCUAACACUGCUGGAACUAAAGAAAGAAGUUUUAGUCUAAAUGUUCAUGCCCUCCCUAAAUUACAAGGUUCUAACUUUGAAACUCAGGAAGUGCUUCCAAAUCGCCCAACUGUUCUCGAAUGUCCUAUAGAUUCCAUUCCACCUGCUUCAAUUACUUGGCUUAAGGAUGGGAAAAAGAUCCAAUCAUCUGAAAAUAUGUUAAUAAAAGUAUUGGAUGGAGGAAAAAUACUUCAAUUUAUAAAAACUUCAUCUGCAGAUGAUGGUCAUUAUACUUGCAUUGCUGAAAAUGAUGUUGGAAAAAUUGAAAAACACUUCAAGGUAGAUGUUUUUGAUCCUCCUAUCAUUGAAGGUCUUUCUUCAAAAUUAGAAUUUUUAGAGAAUAUGCCAGUUACAUUAGAUUGUGCUGCUAAAGGAAAACCGCAGCCAGACAUUGUUUGGUUAAAAGAUGGUCAAAUAAUUUCAGAUGAUAUCUUAAAAAAUAUGAGUAUGUUUUUGGAGUUAGAAAAUUCGCAAUUGAAAAUCCUAGAAGCUAAAACAAUUCACUCUGGGUUAUAUAAGUGUGUUGCAACUAAUGCAGCUGGAUCAGUUGAGAAGUCAUUUGAUAUCUACAUUAAAGUUCCUCCUAGAGUAGUAGAUACAUCUGAGCCAAACAUGACAAUUUUAAUCAAUCAACAGAUAUCCAUGCACUGUUUUGUUGAAGCUGAACCUGAAGCAACCAUCAUUUGGACUAAGGAUGGUAGAAUAAUCAAUGACAACAAAGAUCCUUUUAUUCAUAUGCUUGAUGAUGGACAGAAACUUCAAAUUCUUCGAACCCGAGAAGCAGAUAGUGGCCACUAUUCAUGUGAAAUCUCUAAUAAUGUUGGAAAUAGCAGUCGUUCCUUCAUGUUAAAUAUUCUUGUUCCUCCGAAGGUUAAAAAUCAUAUACAGGGUGAGCCAGUUACUCAUGAGCUUAAGGGGAACAAUGCAACCAUUAAAUGUUACGUCCAUGGAAAUCCACCACCAACUAUUUCUUGGUUGAAGAAUGGAGAGCCUCUGUAUCCGGACUCAACAAACAAGAUAAAGUUCUACCACAAUAACCAAGUAUUGCAACUCUUUGAUCUUGAAUCCCAUGAUGCAGGGCAAUACAAAUGUGUUGUCUCUAGUCCACUUGGAUUUGAAGAAAAGACAUUUAAUUUAGAUGUGUUGGUUCCUCCACAAAUUGAUGGUGAAACCUCUGAGGAUUCCGUAGCACAUGUCAAUAAACCUACUAAACUCAAGUGCAAUGUUGAAGGAAAUCCAAUACCCAGCAUCACUUGGAUGAAGAAUGGCGUGUUCAUUGAUCCUUUCUUAGAACCUAACGUUCGAUUUAUAGAAGAAAAUUCUGCUCUUUUGAUUAAAUGGACCAGAAUAGAAGAUUCAGGAAAAUAUACAUGCAUCGCAUCUAGUGCUGCUGGUCAAAAUGAAAAAUCAUUUAAUAUUCAAGUUCAUACUCCUGCUACAAUUGACCGUUCCAACCUGAACAAUGAUGCCUUAGCCCUUUUAAAUCAAAGUGCUGUACUAAUGUGUCCAGUGUCUGGAAUUCCUUUUCCCACAAUUUCAUGGUUAAAAGAUGGAGAACUCAUCUUACGUUCAAAUACCGACUCAAAAUAUCAAAUUUUAGAAGAUGGGAAACUAUUGAAAAUAAAUUCAGUGAAAGAAAAUGAUGCUGGAAUAUUUACUUGUCUUGCCUUCAAUGAUGCAGGAAGUGAUGAAACAGAAUAUGUUCUUGAUGUCAUGGUACCCCCUCAACCUGAUCCACUUCUCAUGAAAUAUGAGCAAAGAUUGAAAGAAGGUGAAAAUGUCGUGUUGCAUUGCCCAUUUGAUGACUCUCACUAUGGACUAACAAUAUCCUGGCGGAAAAAUGGGAAAAACAUCAAUUCUGAAUCUCUUCCACCUCACAUGGAGCUUUCACCUGACAAUAAACAAGUUAAAAUUAUGAAAUCGCAAUCUAAAGACUCUGGUGUUUACAGCUGCAUUGCCAGCAAUUCUGCUGGAGAUUCUGAACAUGAAAUUGAUUUGUUAGUUAUGGCACCUUCCAAAAUUGAAAACCCUUCAGAAAAUAUUACUUCUACAUAUGUCAAGGAACAUCAUUCUAUUGUACUUGAAUGUACUAUUGCUGGACAUCCUCCCCCUAGAGUAAAGUGGUUCAAAGAUGAUAAUUUACUGGUAGAGCAACAUAAUACUAGUAUUCUAAUGUACGGAAAAUUAAAAAUUUCCUCUGCAUCUGCAGAAGAUGUUGGAAUCUACUCUUGUAAAGCUGAAAAUGAAGUUGGAUCUGACGAAAAAUUGUUUAAUUUAACCGUUUAUAUUCCCCCUACAAUCAAUGUCUCAAGUCAUGGGCUUCACAAAGUAGCUCUGCAAAAUUCUGAAAUUACAUUAUACUGUCCAGCUAGCGGUGUUCCAAAGCCACGUGUUAUUUGGUACAAAGGUUCUCAAAUGCUUUUGCCUGGUCCUCGUGUGGCCUUUUCAAAUUUUGGAGAAACUGUUAAGAUUUCUUACGCUGUUGCAUCUGAUGCUGGAAAAUACACGUGCUUAGCUUUCAAUGAAGCUGGGGAUACUGAAGCUGAAUUGUUUGUUAGAGUUCAUGUUUCUCCAACCAUAGAAAAAACAGUAUUGCAGGGCUCUGUAACUCCAGUGGUUAAUCAGUCUGUCAGAAUCCAUUGUGAAGUGAAUGGAUUGCCAUUUCCCAGUGUUGUGUGGUACAGAAACGGCAUUGAAAUCAAUGAUAAAGAGAGGUUCAUAUCAUCUGGCGGAGGGCAGUUUCUGGAUAUUUUGAACUUAAAAAGUUCAGAUGCUGGAACAUAUACAUGUGAAGCUAUCAAUGUUGCCGGACACUCUAAAAAAGAUCUUGAAGUUAAAGUUUCUGUACCACCUGGAAUAGAUGAUGAUGAAAAAUUCAAGGAAUAUCAAGUUGUUUUGGGUAAAUCCAUCCGCAUUGAUUGUGAUGUAUCGGGUACUCCACCCCCUACCAUAACAUGGUUGAAAAAUGGAUUGCCUUUAACAGAAAAAGACAACGUUAAAUUAAUUAAUGAUGAUUAUGCAUUACUUUUUACAUAUACCAUGCAGGCUGCUGCUGGGAACUACACUUGCAUUGCUACAAAUAAUGCUGGAACAGUGGAGCAAAAAUUUAACUUGACUGUUCUAGUUCCACCAACCUUAGAUGAAGAAAUAGAGAAAAGAGAUAAUAUCUCUGCUGUAGUUGGGUCUCAAAAUAGAUUGCAAUGCUCGGUUAAAGGCUAUCCUCAACCAGAUAUUUCAUGGUUUAAAGAUGGAAGUGUAAUUGCAAGUGAUGAAAACAUUGUCAUUAAAGGGGACAUUUUAGAAUUCUUGAAUGUUGAUUCUAGCCACAAUGGAACUUAUACUUGUGAGAUUAGCAAUGUUGCUGGAAAAAUAACUAAAGAUUUCAAUAUGCAAGUUUUAGUACCACCUAAACUUGAAGGCGGCAAUGAUUCAAGAUUUGUUACAUCUUCUGUCAAACAAUCAACAACUUUACAGUGUUCAGUUACUGGAAUUCCUACACCCUCAAUAAUUUGGUUGAAGAAUGGAUUACCAAUCAUAACAACAUACACCUCCCAGUUUCAUAUUGGUCACCGAGGAACUGAGCUUACUAUUAGAAAUGCUGAACUCCGGGAUUCGGGUCAGUACACCUGCAUUGCCAACAAUCCUGCUGGAAAUUCUUCUCGCCAUUUCAUGUUAACUGUUUUAGAACCACCUACUAUAAAAGAUAGUCCAUCAUCUAUGAAAGCUGUGGAAGGAAGUGAAGCAGUAUUGACUUGUUUUGCUGAUGGUGUUCCACCCCCAGAUAUCACAUGGAUGAAAGGUGGACUACCGAUAGUUGCAACUGAGGCACACUCUAUAAGGGUGGAGAAGUUUUCUCUUGUUCUAAGCAAUGUCAAGUUGAAAGAUGCUGCUGACUACACCUGUUAUGUUAAUAAUGAAGCUGGGGAAGAUUUUAAAACAAUCACAUUGGAAAUCAUAGCUCCUCCCGUCAUCAAGGAUAAUGAAUUAUAUGAAAAAGUUCUGUCAGGGGAUUCUGUUUAUCUUCCUUGUCUAGCUAGUGGGCAUCCAGCUCCUCUAAUAAUGUGGCAUAAAGAUUCUAUCUUGAUUAAUGGAAAUGAAAAUAGUCAAUUAUUACCCGAUGGUACUUUAUACAUAAAAUCAGCAAAUGUAUCACAUGCUGGGGCUUACAAAUGUUUAGCAGAAAAUGAAGCUGGCUCUUAUGAAGUUGCUCGCUUUUUAAAUGUUCUGACAUCUCCUACGAUAUCUGAUGAUUCUCCUUCAAAUUAUGAAGUUGUUCAAGCGCAACCUGCUGUACUUCAAUGCUCAUCUGAAGGUACCCCACCCCCCUCUAUAGCAUGGGAACAUAACGGAGCCUUAAUCGAUCUUUAUAACCCUCGAUAUAAGUUGUUUCCAAAUGGAGAUCUUCAUAUAUCUCUGACACAAUCUUCUGAUAUGGGUACCUACACAUGCAUUGCUAAAAAUGAAGCAGGCUCAGCUGUUAGGCACAUUGACCUGAUAGUUUUAGUUCCACCUACUGUCUCAAUUUCUGGACCAUCUGUGCUUGUAGUUUUGAAAGGAAGAAAUAUGGGAUUAUUCUGCUCUGCUAAAGGUUUUCCUCCUCCUCAUAUCAUUUGGCAAAGAAAUGGCAUACCAAUAUCUGGUGCUUCUAAUUCUGCUAAAUCUGGAAAGCUGAUAAUUGAAAAUAUUCGACCUGAAGACAGUGGCACAUAUGUUUGCAUUGCAACUAAUGCUGUCGGAAGGGAUCACAAAGGUGUUUUGGUUGAAGUCCAUGUGCCACCGAUAAUCACAAAUCUGCCUAAAAGUCAGGAUAUUUCUGUUGGAGAUGUGCUUACUCUCAGCUGUGAAGCUAAUGGUUAUCCAUAUCCUUCAAUUACUUGGUUAUUGAAUAACACUCAAAUCACUGGUUCUAGUAACUCCGUUCUUGGACGAAGCAAACUUGUCUUUGAAAAUGCUGGCAAACAAGAUGAAGGAACAUACAUAUGUUUAGCUCAAAAUGCUGCUGGCGAACGAAAAGCUGCUGCAGCUGUCAGAGUUAGAACACCGCCAGUAAUAUUGGGUUCUUCUGGUGUUAAAACUGUUCAGGUUAAAGAUACUGUGAUAUUGCACUGCUUAGUGAAGGGAGACCCAUCUCCAAAUAUUAUAUGGGUGAAAAAUGGACAGCAACUGGUUUUCAAUCACCAUAUUCAAUUAUCACAAAAUGGAUCUUUAUUUAUCUAUAAUUCUUCCGAUCAAGAUUCUGGUCAUUACAAAUGUGUAGCCAGCAAUGAUUUUGGUUCUGCAGAGCAAGUAGCUGAACUUGUGGUCAGAAGUAAACCAAGAUUUGUCAUCAUGCCUCACAAUACAAAAGCAACUGAAGGCAGUAAUGUUUUCCUUGACUGUAAAGUGAAUGGAGAACCUAAGCCGUCCGUUGCUUGGUUUAAAGAUAACAUUCCAAUCUUGAAGCAAGAGCGAAUUCUCAUAUUUCCCAACAGCACUUUAGAAAUCGUUGCUGCUCAAAUUGAUGAUGAAGGAGUCUAUUCAUGCUUGGCUAAUAACUCUUUGGGCACUUCAGUUAAAGAAGCUCAAAUAAUUAUCAUAGUUCAUGGCAAAUGGUCAGAGUGGCAAGAUUGGGGAGAAUGUUCUGCCACUUGUGGCGAAGGACGUCAAUUCCGCCAAAGAUUUUGCAACAAUCCAGCACCUCGAAAUAAUGGAAAAACUUGUAUUGGAAUUUCAUCUGAAGUAAAGCAAUGCACACAAGACCCAUGCCCAGUUAAUGGCGAGUGGGGUAAUUGGAUAGAAUGGCAAGAAUGCAGUGUAACAUGUGGUGUUGGACAAAGAUUGCGACAUAGAAUGUGUGAUAAUCCUAAACCAAAAUAUGGAGGAUCAAACUGUUCUGGAACUGAAAUGGAAGCUGAAUCUUGUUUACUAACAAAAUGUCCAGUUGAUGGUCGUUGGAGUUUGUGGUCUGAAUGGCAACCGUGUAGUGUGUCAUGUGGAAAAGGAAACCAACAGCGUGUCCGAGAAUGUAAUAAUCCUGAACCGCUUCAUGGUGGACAACUAUGUUUCGGUGAAAGUAAAGAGAUUCAAGAAUGCUAUACGGAAGACUGUCCAGUGAAUGGUGACUGGAGUGCUUGGAGCGAAUGGUCAUUUUGUUCUUCCUCUUGUGGUGGAGGUAUUAGAGAAAGAAAAAGAGCCUGUGAUUCUCCAUAUCCAGCCAAUGGCGGUCACCAAUGCAUUGGUGCAAGUUACCAGAUUGAUUACUGCAACAGUGCUCAAUGUCCAGUAAAUGGUGAAUGGGGACAGUGGUCUACAUGGGGUCCAUGUUCAUCUUCAUGCAACAAAGGUCAAAAAAAGCGUUUCAGAUCAUGUGACAAUCCUGAACCUGCUGGUGGUGGAAGAGAUUGCUCUGGAGCUUCUCAAGAAAUUGAGGUGUGCAAUGCACAUUUAUGUCCAGUUGAUGGUAAGUGGAGUGAAUGGAGUGCAUGGUCUACUUGUUCUGUCUCCUGUGGUACUGGAGUUCGUUCACGAAUUCGACAAUGCAGUAAUCCUGAUCCUACUUAUGGAGGGAAAGAUUGUGUUGGAGAUUCUGAAGAUUAUGAAGACUGCAGAGAAGAAGCAUGUCAUGAUUUACCAUCUCAAGCUGCUGGUCAUUUGAUUGGAAUAUUAAAUGGAAUAGACUUUGGUCUCUCUAUGUUCACAGCUAACGUAUCCCGAUCUGGUUUGAAGCAUGUUGUUAUAGGGAAUAUUGAAAACAUAACAGAUGAUAUAGCUGAUGAAAUGAGAGUAUUGAUUCCUAUUUUGACUCCCAUGUACUGGACUACAGCAGAUGAAAUUGGCAGAGCUGUCAAUGGUUACACUUUAACUAAGGGAUUCUUCCGCAAAGAAACGCAAGUCAAUUUUGCUACAGGUGAAGUUUUGUAUAUGACUCAUGUAGUACGAGGAUUGGAUAUAAAGGGUAACCUCUUAGUCGAUAUUGUAAUAAGUGGAGAUGUUCCAGAUUUACCAUCUUCUAAUCUAACUCUGCAUCCCUUUACAGAGGAUUACAUACAGACCGGUCCAGGUUCAAUCUAUGCUCUGUCAACACGUACUUAUAAAAUUGGGGAUUAUAUUCUUCCUUAUUCAUGGAACCAUUCAAUAUUUUAUGAUGAUAGUCUUGGUGAAAUGCCUUUUGUGGUGGAAAGACUUUAUGCUGAUAAUAUUGAAAGCCAAUACGAUCCUGAUACACUAAAUAUGAAAUUUUUCAUAUCUGCUGCUAUUGGUAUAGGUAAUAGCUUCUCUUGAAUAUUUUUU